CUCUUUCCUGUUUCAUCAAACAGAGCGGCGGCGGCAAGAAGAAGAAAGGUCCUGCUGGCUCUUCCCUCCCGCCACCCAGAGUGGAGCCGCUUCUCCUGCGCCUUGGCCGAGACAGCCGCCCGCCGAGCAAAGGCUCUCCUUGGCUGCUGAGGUGCAAUGUACCUGUGGCGCCUCCUCUUUGACCCCUCGGCCAACUGCAGCUCCCACACGUGAGCUUCGCUUCUCUUUGUGGGCUAGCCAUUCUUCCGAGGAGGCUGAGCUUCCCGGGGUCGGGGCGGGGGAGAGCUCCAGUUUUCUUUUGGAUGCAGUUUGCUUUCCCCCAGGCCAGCGCAAGCCCCUCUCUGAAGAGCCCGAGAUGCCUUUUCCUCUGAGGACGGUGGCGCCCCUCAAGCUGUGCCGCUUGGAAGAGGAUAAAAAAGAGUCCGAUCCGAGGGACAAAGAAGGGCACGCCGGGCGAGGCGACGGGGGGCUCCUCUUCGGCUCCCUGGAGGAGGUCUGCUCGCAUUCGCUGGUCUCUCUGCUCUGGCAGCUCUCCGACCUCUCCCGCUGCGCCAGCGAAGUCUUCGGCGGCAUCCAAGAGCAAGCCGACAGCCUGGGGCGCCGCAGCGCCCACCUCCAGCGCCGCCUGGAUUGCCUCAGGUCUCUCGCCUCCCGCCUGGAUCACCGCAAAGUCAAAAUCCCUGUCUCCAAUCUAGAUGAAGAGAGCAGAUGGACAGUCCAUUACACUGCCCCCUGGCAUCAGCAGGAGAAUGUCUUCCUACCCUCCACAAGACCACCAUGCGUGGAAGAUCUGCACCGUCAAGCCAAGCUGAAUCUGAAAUCAGUACUUAGAGAAUGUGACAAGCUCCGAAGAGAUGGCUAUCGAAGUUCCCAGUACUAUUCUCAGGGUCCAACGUUUUCCUCCUCUUCCAGUGCAAUCUGUGAAAAUUACCAAGAUGACUAUGAAGAAAUUGAACAAAAGUGUUCAACCCCUACUCCCGAAGAAGAAAAACUUAUUAGCAUCAAGAGACCAAAAACACCAGUUUCAAAUGAAUUAUCUGAUAUCAACACUCAAACGAAUUGGACCAAAUCACUUCCAUUGCCUACACCAGAGGAGAAAAUGCGACAGCAGGCACAAGCAGUCCAAACUGAUGUUAUACCUAUUAAUGUUACAGGGGAGAAUUUUGACCGCCAAGCCAGCAUACGGAGGUCUCUAAUUUACACAGACACUGUGGUAAGGCGGCCGAAGAAAGUGAAAAGGAGAAAGACUAUUACAGGAGUCCCUGACAACAUCCAAAGAGAGCUAGUUGGCACUGUUAAGAACGACUUUCGUAGCCAUUCAUUGUGUGUCCCAGAUCACUAUUCCACCCUAGGAAGACUUGAUAGCUGUCGUUCUGCUAUGCUGCGAUCUGAAACUAAGGACUCGAGUUGUCAGACAGAGGAAGCCAAAGUGGUGCCACCUUCAGUGAGGCGUAUACGUGCACAGAAAGGACAAGGAAUUGCAGCCCAGAUGUCACAAUUGUCCAGUUCCUCUGGAAACAUGUCUGUGAUGAGUGAUUCCACAGGGGUUGUAUUUGCCUCUCGGCUUAACAGUGACCUGGGGUUUCACAGUUUACCUCGUUCAGGAGCAAGGGUGUCUUUGCAAGUACUGGAACGGAGGCAUAGCAUCUCUAAGUCAGUAGAAGAUGGAGCUGUGGCACACCAGAUAAGUAACUUGCAAGUGGAUGAUCAUGUUGUUCAUAUGAGGAACAGCAGUAGGAUAGGAAUGCUUCAAAGGCCCAGAUCCCAAGAGGUAAGCAUUUCUGAGAGUGAACUGGAAGAAAACCCAGCAAACAUGGUUUCUUCACAUGCUAUGUACUCAACCUGUGUCAUACCAAAUGCUGCCCUACCAACCUCUUCAGAAGUGAUUGCUAUUCAUGCUAUACAGAGUGCAGUAUCACCAGAUAGUAAAAUCACCAACUCAUAUACAAAGCCUAAAGACAAUCUUAUUGUCAACUGCACAUUAAGCACGAAAGGUCAACACCACUCUUCUAGUAGCUGUAAUGAGACUAGUUCAACACAUAACUCACAGUCCUUGGACACUAUCUCAUCAAAUUCUAUGGUAGUGCUUGCUCUAGAAGAUUCAGGAGUAGCACUUGGUGGUGCAGGAUCUAUGGAGAAUGGGCCCCAAAAUAUUACCUACACCUUUAGGAAUAAUCUCAGUUUUCCAAGUUAUUCUCAGGACAAUGAUACCAGGAGUGAAUCAAAGUACUCAGUGGAUAAAACACAGGGCAAAGUUAAGGGCAGCCUAGAGCAUUGUCGAGUUAAACCUACAGCAAAUGAAGACGUGGCCUUUCACAAGCCAAGCUGUGCCACUCCAGGAUGCACCACACCCAUGAGCAACUUGAGUACUGGCAGCCUUGAACGAGUCUCAGCCAAAGAAGACUCAAGCUCUUUGUAUUCAGUGGACCGUGAUGGCUAUUACACUUCCAUGCAUGUGGACUCAGGUCUCAAGUCUGGUAAAACUUGCAUUAAUAAUAAUGGCUUUGGAAACCCCAGGCACAGUGUCAUUAAUGUGUUUGAUGGCAUUGAAAAGAGAUCACUGGGAGACUUGUCAAACUGCAGUGACAAAUCUCUUUCACAUAGCAUAUCCUUUAAAAAAGCAAAGAAACCACCUCUACCGCCAUCUAGAACAGACUCUCUCAAAAGGAUACCCAAGAAGAAACCUCAGUCCAGUGGGCAAGUUCUGGAUGACAUGCUAAUUGCUAGUCUCCAGCACUCCCUGCAAUUGAACCUUAAGUGUAAAAACAGUGGCUCCCCAUCUCAAAGCCCCUGCAGUGAUUAUGAUGAUCCGUGGGUGUUGCGCUCUCGGAGCCAGAGCUCUGUGAGUGCUAGCAGCAGCAUGAUGUCUGCCACAGGCCUGAACACGUACUCCAUCUGUACUGUCACACCUUCCCAGAGUGAAACAAGCAGCAUCAAGUCAGAGUAUGCUGACCAGUGGGGUUACUGUAGUGACUACCCUGCGAUACAGGAUGAUCGGUUAAAAUCUCCACUAGUUCAUUCUGCAUCCAAACUGAAUGAUUAUAGCAUCAGCCGCCUCAAUGAUGGAUCACGUGCUUCUGUACCACAAGUGCCCAGUGGAUUGGCCAAACUGAAGUCCACGUCUCCUGAAAAAUCUCAUAGAGUAACAUCACCAUCUAGUGGGUAUUCUAGCCAAUCCAACACACCCACAGCACUUACUCCUGUGCCUGUUGUUUUAAAAUCUCUGUCAACAGGAAAUGGGAAACCCAAAGUGAAACCUAAAGUGCCUGAAAGAAAGUCAUCCCUAUUGUCUUCUGUUUCAGUGUCUUCCUCCUCCACAUCUCUUUCUUCCAAUACUUCCACUGAAGGGAAUGUGAGCAUAAAGAAAUCGGACACUGUCUUUGGCUUUCCUCUGAUUACGCCUUCUCCAGUAAUGUCUCCAGACUCCACUGACCAUCAUUUCCCCCCUCCUCCUCCUCCUCCUUUAACAGAUGUCAUGGAUCAAUCUCACCGAUCUGUAUCUCCCAGUUUCCCCCCACCUCCACCAGAAAUAGUUGUGGGUGCAUCUUUUUCUCAGAAUAAUCCGUGGUUUCAUUUUCCAGCACGAGAUGAAUCAUUCAGCCAUGUCUCCCUCUUGUCACCUCCCAUUCCAUCUCCGCCUCCCCUUCCUUCCUCAGUUCCUCCACCAGCACCGCCUCUGGACCCAAAGCUUGCAAAAGGUGCAUAUAAACACACAAUAUAUUCUUCCAAGAGACAUAACCCAGAAGGUUCUUCUUCUAGCACAAGGAAACAGCCAUUCAGUAAGGAAGAUUCCACUAAGCCCACAAUGCCUCUGGUAACCACCCAAGCCCUGAAAUUGGUACAGUUGAGGUCUGUGAGGAAAGCGGUGAUGUCAGAAGUUGGACAGUCUGUUGAAACUACUUCUGAAACCAGUUCUCAGGAAAAUUUAACUGAAUUUAUUUCAGCACAGUCACCUUUAAAACCAUGUGUGUCAGUAGGACACAACAGUAGUCAGGAUAAAGAGGAGAUGAAAACUGAUGGUGCUUCUGACAAAAGCUUUGUUUACCUUCCUUGUCAGAGAUCAAGUAGCAACACCCUUGAACUUGCCAGUGGUAAAAUGUCUGGAAAUGCAGCCAAUCUGACUCAGUCCUUUGCCAGUGAUCUAUUGCCAGCCAGUGUCGAAGCAGCACUAUUAGAGAAAGAAGGUUCUCACUCUGGUCUUGAAAGUUUGCCACUUCCUGGGCAGUUGGAAUCACCCAACAAGCCUCAGAGUAUAUCGCCAAACAAAAAGCCACCACCUGUUUCAAAGAAGCCCAAACUGUUCCUGAUUGUGCCACCCCCACAACCCGAUGUUCCUGCAGAAAAAAUAGCUGAAGUGGGAGAAACAGCCAGAAGCACUCCCAGUCUAUCUACAAGGGAUGCUGCAGUUGAACAGUUCAGCCAGGCUAAGGAUUCUCCUACAGAUGGACUCUGUUCCUGUGAAAUGGACUCUGGCAACCUGGGUCCAGGAGGAGGAGCUGCAGGUUCCACCUUCUGUGAAACAGAGGAAGCCAAUAUCUUGCUGCUGCAGCCAAAGCAGGAGGAGCAGUCUGGCUUGUGUGAAAGAAGCAAUUCUGACAGAAAUGGAGAUAGCAUCUCUAGAGCAGACAAACAGCCAUCGCCAGGGGAUGAAAAUGCUGAGGUGUUUGAUGCAGAUACAACCAACAGCUUUUCACUGCAAAGCCUCAGUUAUAGGGAAGGCAGCGAUGCUGUAGCAAUGCCAGCUAGACCAAGAACUACUGAGGAUCUUUUUGCAGCCAUUCACAGAUCCAAAAGGAAAGUCCUUGGCCGCAAAGACUCUGAUGAAGACCGUGCUCGAAAUCAUUCUCCAUCACCUCCAGUUACACCCACUGGUACUUCCCCAAAUUUGGCUUCCCUGAAGCAGGCAGGAUCCAUUCAGAGAAAUAUCCGCAAAAGUAGCACCAGCAAUGACAACUUCAAAGCACUGUUGCUUAAAAAAGGGAGUCGCUCAGAUACCAGCUCUCGCAUGUCAGCUGCAGAGAUGCUAAAGAAUACAGACCCACGAUUUCAAAGAGCCAAAGUAGAUGCUUCAUGGGACCUUUCUGAAAGUACUAUGAACUGUUCUCCCACCAAGAGCAGACGGGCCCAGGAAGAGUGGGCCAGAAGCGAAGGCCUCAUGCCAAGGAGUCUGUCUUUUUCUAGUUCCAGGUAUAGCCGUUCUCGAACCCCACCAUCUGCUGCAAGCAGCAAGUACAGUGUUCGGAACCGGAUCCAGAGUAGCCCUAUGACUGUUAUCAGUGAGGGAGAUGUGGAAGCAGCUGAACCUUCAGAGGGCAGGACUCAUAGGACUUCAGAGGAGUCACUUGAAGUGUUUGACAUGGAUGGAAUGGACAUUAAUGAAGAGGUGUGCUCCAGUGAAAAAAACACAACUCACUCAGACUUCAUAACUUAACUGAGAACACUGGAUUCUUUAAGGAUAUAUUUAUGCCCACCAGCUGAUAAAAGAUUCAGUGAAGAUUAAGUAAGGUGCUGUGACAUUAGACUUUCAAAAGGUAUAUGAAAUAAACCAGGUCUGGGAGAAAGCCUAAAUCAUUACUGUUGUCUUUGCCAAGCAUUUAACAUGUACUCAUCUAUGGAUGAUGCAGCAGCACCAGUAGCUCUGGGUGGCUUGAUGGGGAGGAUCUUGUGAUUUAGAUUUUUUUCUUAAACUUAACCAACAGACUGCAUUAAAGCCUUAAAAGUCCUUAUGAGGAACAAAAAAACAUUCUCAGAUCCUGGGUUGUAUGUGGGGUUGUUUUUUUUUGAGGUUGUAAAAAAUUAGAGCAAGUCUGCAAAUGAAAUGGGAAGCUUUGGUGGUACCAGGUGGCAGUAGCUGUUUAAGUAUUCUAUUUAUGAAAUUAAGUAAUCUCUUUUGACCAGGGACAGGUAGAAUGAACUAUGCAGCCUGUUCGAUUGGCAGGGCUGGUAUUGUCACACUGCUGCUUCUAGUGUUGGCUCCUAGGCUGUUUUGACCCCACGUCGCCUCAGUAUCGCUGAUCAGGCCAUCCAUAUUCUGAAUGGAUUCAAUUUUGUAACAACCUUACAGGAAAGAAGCAGUGUUGUAAUACAGAACUGACUGCUGUGCAGCCAUAUUUACAGUCUUGGGGCUACUUAAGCCCAUGUUCCUAGAAGAAUUUCUUUGAACAGAAAUGAGAUAUUCUUUAGGAGAAUUAAAAUAAAUAACUGCUGAUUUGCAAGAAAGAUGUAGUUAGAUUCGGGGGUAGAGAGGGAUAAGUAAACACAGCCAUACAUUUCUAAACCUGAAAAUCAAGCUCACACUGGAAACACUAUAGAACUGCAAAGAGUCCCCUUUUCAAAUAAACUGUGUAAUAUUGCAUUGUUUUUCAUCUGUUUGACAAAAUGGAGAGAUUUUUCAGUAACCUAUCACUUGAAAUAUUGAAUGCUUGCUAACUUUUGGUUACCAAAGAGCACAUUACAGUUAUUUUUCCUUUUUGGGUAUACAUUCAGCAUUACCUUGUUUUGGGAAGAAACCCCUAAAAAUUUAGUAGGACUUGCUUAAUUUUGUUGUGUGUUUCACCAAUGACAUUUUUAAAAAAUCUUUUAAGUUUUUCUUACUUGUAAAAGAAAACUUAUAACUGAAAUAUCAGCUGGCAAUUUUGAUUGACAUUUUUAAAAAAUCCUUUAGUUUUUGAAAAGGAAUUUUACAUAAUUUGAUGGUUUGUGCAGUUUUUAUAACAUUUGUACAUAAUGAAAAUUCUUAAGAUAACUUGUCCCCCCAGUGUUGGGAUUUUUACAUUUUUACACUUUAAGGAAAAUAAUGCUCUAUGUAGAUAAUUUAUUUUAAUGAAAAACAUUUGUUUCUCCUUUUUUCAGUCUCUGUAUUUGUUAGUAGUGUAAAUUUCAGGAGUCUUCACUUAACUCAAGAAGGGGAUGUUGACAAUGCUGUGACUCUGCAUCAAUAAACAAGGCUGUCAUUUGUCA